AUGAACGCUUAUCCAUCGCUGCUCCUGUUUGUCUUCAUUUUAUGUAAAACUAUCUCCACUAGUGACAUUGCCAAGAAAUUAUAUGAAGAUUUGAUGCAACACUAUGACAAACGAGUUCGACCAGUUUCCAAUGCAACGGAUACAUUGAAUGUCGCAAUUAGUUUGAGCGUAUCACAAUUAAUUGAUGUUGAUGAAAAAAAUCAAAUUAUGACGACCAAUGUUUGGCUUAAACAUGAAUGGCGCGAUUAUCGUUUAGUGUGGAAUCCUUUGCUCUACGACAACAUCUGCACAAUGUAUAUUCCAUCUGAAGAACUUUGGAUACCUGAUAUUGCUUUAUAUAACAAUGCAGAUGGAAAGUAUCACGUUAUGUUGAAGACAAAAGCCGCUGUCUAUCCGAGUGGAGCGAUCGUCUGGGAGCCACCAAUGAUUUUCAAAAGUAGUUGUCCGAUCAAUGUUCAAUAUUUUCCUUUUGAUGAACAAAGUUGUUCACUCAAGUUUGGUUCAUGGACGCACGAUGGAAAUCAAGUUAAUUUAAGUCAUAUUGUCUACGAAAAUCUUGAAAUGGCACGUAAUCUUGAUAAUUAUCGCCCGCAAGGCGUUUUCUUUCGUGAUUAUUAUCCCAAUGGUGAAUGGGAUAUUAUUCGUGCGCCAGCCGUGCGUAAUCAAAAGAAAUAUUCCUGUUGUUCUCAACCAUACUAUGACAUGACUUACGCACUUGUGUUAAAACGUAAAACCUUGUUCUACACAGUCCAUCUCAUCAUCCCUUGCGUUGGAAUAUCUCUAUUAACUUUCAUUGUUUUCUAUUUACCAAGUCAAUCGGGUGAAANUUCGUGCGCCAGCUUCCAUCUCAUCAUCCCUUGCGUUGGAAUAUCUCUAUUAACUUUCAUUGUUUUCUAUUUACCAAGUCAAUCGGGUGAAAAAAUCGUUCUUUGUAUAAGUAUCGAAUUAGCACUAACAGUGAUCUUUCCAUUACUGGCUGAUUUAAUACCAUCAACAUCCAUCAUGAUUCCAUUGUUAGGAAAGUAUCUCUUAUUUAUAAUGAUACUUGUUGCAUUAUCGAUACUUCAUACCAUUUUAAUUCUUGCGAUCUACUAUCGCGAAGACAAUCAGAAGAAACAGAUGCCGAAAUGGAUGAGAUACUAUCUCGUGGAAAUUCUACCGCCGUUUCUAUUGAUCACAGCGAAAAAAUCCACGACAAAGAGUAAAGAGACAGAACAUAUUGAAAUGAAGAAUUUUUCGGAAUUACCACCAGAUAAUUCACUCGAUGCAAUUUUUUCACGGAUGUUAGAGAAUUUGCUUCAUCUAGGAGAAAUCGAACAUAUUUUUUCGAAAUUUGACACGGCAGCAAUCAAAAACAAGAACGCACAUGAUUGGCAUCAGGUUGCUAUUGUACUCGAUCGUAUCCUGUUAAUUAUUUUUACGAUUGUUUCGCUAGCGGGAACGACUUUAAUUCUUGCACAAAGAAAACCGACUGUGGCAUCAACAGUUGACCUGACCAAUCUCGAUCAAGGCGUAUUUAAUGCUUGUAAUUACAAACAACAAUAUUGA